CCGCGGGGCGGGCGGCCGGCGCCCUCGGAAUGCGCUUCCUGCCCGGGCGGGGCGGCCGGGGCCCAGCAUGGCCCAGCCGCUGCUGCGGAGAACCCUGUCCCGCCUGCGGGGCCGCCCCCGGAAGACCCCCGGGACCCCCGAGACCCCCGAGGGCGGCCGCCCGGCCCAGCGCGUGGAGCCCAGCCCCCCGGAGCCAGAGCCGCAGGGCCCCCAGGAGCCCCCCACGGCCGCCGAGAGGCCCCCCAGCCCCGAGGCCUCGCGGAGCCCGGCGCGGGGGGUCUACCUGCAGAGCCUGGAAGCCAGCAGCCGGCGAUGGGUGCUGAGUGGGGCCAAGCCCCCCGAGGAGGCGGCCCUGGGGUGCGGGGAGCCGGCCGGGGAGAUCUGGUAUAACCCCAUCCCCGAGGACGACCCCCGCGGCCCCGCGCCCGAGCACCCCGGGGUGCAGCCUGGCUCGGAGGAGGCCCAGGCCGCGGACCUGGCAGGCGCCCCGGGCCCCCCGCGCGCCAAGUCCCCGGGCCCCGCGCGCCGCCUGUCGCUGCGGAUGCGGAAGCUGCCGGAGCUGCGGCGCCGCCUGAGCCUGCGCGCCCCCCGCGCCCCCCGCGCGCCCCGCGCGCCCCCCGGCUCGGUACUCAGCCGCUACCACCUGGACAGCAGCGUGGCGGUGCCCGCGCCCCCCGCCGCCUUCCGGCCCUACCGGCCGGGCCCCGGGCCGGGCCCCGCGGCGCUGUGGGGCCGCCUGAGCCUGCACCUGUGCGGCCUGGGGGGGCUGCGGCCCGCGGCGCGCGAGCUCUGCUGCCUGCUGCAGGUGGACGGCGAGGCGCGCGCGCGCACAGGCCCGCUGCGGGCGGGGCCCGGCUUCCUGCGCCUGGACCACGCCUUCCAGCUCGAGCUCGAGGCCGCGCGCCUGCUGCGCGCGCUCGUCCUGGGCUGGGACCCGCGCGCGCGCCGCCACCGCGCCUGCGCACAGGGCGCCGUGCUGCUGCCGGCCGUGCUGCGAGGGAGCCAGGCCCAGCUGCUGGCGGUUCACCUGCAGCCGCAGGGGCUGCUCUACGCCCGGCUGGCGCUGACCGAGCGGCGGGAGGCCCCGGGCGGGGCGCGCGUGUUCGGGGUCCCCCUGCCGCAGCUGGUGCAGCGCGAGCGGCCGCCGGGACAGGUGCCGCUGCUCAUCCAAAAGUGCGUGGGCCAGAUCGAGCGCCGGGGGCUGCGGGUGGUGGGGCUUUACCGUCUGUGCGGGUCCGCGGCUGUGAAGAAAGAACUCCGGAAAGCCUUUGAGCAAGACAGUGCGGCCGUGUCUCUGUCUGAGGGCCUGCACCCCGACAUCCACGUCAUCACCGGUAUCCUCAAGGACUAUCUGCGCGAGCUCCCCACCACGCUCAUCACUCCGCCCCUCUACCAAGCCGUCCUGGAGGCCAUGGCCCGGGGCCCCCCGAGUCGGGCGCCCCCCAGCACCGAGAGCACCCGGGCGCUGCUGGGCUGCCUGCCGGAAGUGGAGAGGGCCACGCUGACGUUCCUCCUGGACCACCUGCGCCUCGUGUCUUCCUUCCACGCCCACAACCGCAUGACCCCGCAGAAUCUGGCCGUGUGCUUCGGGCCGGUGUUGCUGCCGGCCCGCCAGGCCCCCUCGCGGCCCCGCAUCCACGGCUCGGGCUCGGGCCCGGGCCUGGCCAGCGCCGACGUGGACUUCAAGCGCCACAUCGAGGUGCUGCACUACCUGCUGCGGGCCUGGCCAGACCCCCAAAGGCCGCCAGAGGCUUCGGAAGCCGCCUCGGCCCUGAGCCCCGAAGCGCGGCCGCCGCUGCACCUGCCGCUCGCGGGCCCCGACGGGGUGGUGACCCGGACCCGCGACCGCGGCGGCCCCGAGAGCCCCCCCAGCAACCGCUACGCCGGUGACUGGAGCGUGUGCGGGCGGGACUUCCUGCCGGGGCCGGAGGACGCGGGCGACCGCGAGACGGACAGCGAGGACGAUGACGUCGACGACAUCGAGGCCCCCUUCAUCCCGCACCUGAACCUCAGUGACUUCGACGCCCUCAUCCUGGACCUGGAGCGGGAGCUCGCCCAGCAGAUCAACGUGUGCCUCUGAGUCCCCGCGCCCGGUUGCUAGGGAGGAGGGGGCCGGGUUGCUAUGGGGGUCGCCUAGCAACCGUCAGCCCUGGCGCCGAGCAUCCUUCCGGGAUGCUUCUUCCCCUGCUGGGAAUCGGGGGCCCAGAGCAACCGGGGACCCGGUUAUUUGUUGAGUGCUCGGGCCAUCGGGGCAGUUCCUCCGAGCACCGAGGGCCGAGGCGUCUCCCUGUAGCUGCGGAGACGGAGAGGGAGACAGCGCCCCCGUGAUGCGCGGCCCCCGCCCCUGCCCCCACCCCGCCAGGGUCACUGUGAGCCUGGACCCUGCCGACCGAAUCAGUAUUAGCCUUUUAUUUUAUUUUAUUUUUUUCCUUCCCUCCUGGAAUUGAGGGCCUCGCACACGCAGGAUGUCACUGACUCCGAGCUGACAUGCUCGGACAGACAGACAUAGACAGCACAGUGCCAGUGGGAACCCCCCCCCAAAGUGGGGGUGGCCGGGGCUCCAGCCCGCGGAACUAGCCCACCCUUCAGUAUCAGCUUUGAGCACCGCACCUCCGCCCUCCCGGCCUCGGGGCAACCCCGGACUCGGUGACUCUGGCCAGGCAGCCCCCCUGCCCACUCCCACCCGAGGAAAACACGGAGCACUUAGCAACUCCCCCCCAGUGGGGCUCGGCACUCUGGUACGGACCCUAUUUAUUACCUCCGUGCACCUGCGUCUGUCAGGCCAGUGGCGGGAGACUGAGCAGGGGUGGGCGGGGGUCUGUGGCCCGCACCCGGUGGGAGAGGAGAGGAGAGCCCCCGCCGUCUGUCCUGCACCCAGGCCUCGUCCCUCGCUUGGCCUUUGUGGAAAAUAAACUUGGACCCACGAGUCCCGGCCG